AUGGAUAAUAGAGCUGCUCAAUAAAGAAUUGGUUAAAUUAGAUAAUAAAUUGUUCAAGAAAUUGAUGAUAAAGAUUAAAAAUAAGAGUAUGCAUAAUUAUGGGCAGGGUUUUACAAAAAGACAUUACAAUAAAGAUUAGAUUAAUUGAAUAAAAUUUAGAAUGUUAAUGUUGAACAUUUCAAAGAUGGAGGUUUGUCAUUAUAAAAUGCAAAUUUAAUGGUUGAAAAUUGCAUUGGAAAAAUAGGAAUUCCACUAGGAUUAGGAUUAAAUUUUCUAAUAAAUGGUCAAUAUUAUAUAAUACCUAUGGCUAUUGAAGAACCAUCUGUAAUAGCAGCAGCAAGUGCAGCAGCAAAAACUAUUGCAGAAUGUGGAAAUGGAUUUGAAACAUAUUCAACUAGACCAGUUAUGAUGGGUUAAAUGUAAUUGUUAAAUGUUGAUAAUUAUUCAAAGGCAGAAUGUCUGAUAGAUUCAAAUAAAGUAUCAAUAAUAAAUAGAGGAAAUUAAGCAUGUGGAAAUAUGGUAAAAAGAGGAGGCGGAAUUGAAGAUGUUAAAUUAAGAUAAUUAGGAGAAGGUCAAGCUUCUGUAGAUAUAUUUAUUAAUGUUUGUGAUAGUAUGGGUGCCAAUAUAGUUAAUACAGUAUUAGAACAUUUAUCUCCUUUGAUUGAAGAAAUUACUGGGCAUUAAGUUGGUAUAAAGAUAUUAACAAAUUUAUGUUUAAAUAGAAAGGUCACUUCAUUAUUUAGAUUGAACAUUGAAAAAAUGAAUUAUAAGCAUUAUUCAGGAUAAUAAGUAGCUUAAAUGAUUCUAAAUGCAUAUAAAUUUGCUGAAUUAGACUAUUUUAGAGCAGUUACUCAUAAUAAAGGAAUUUUGAAUGGAAUUGAGGCUGUAUGUAAUGCUUCAGGUUAAGAUGGUAGAGCAGUGAAUGCAUCAUUGCAUGGAUAUGCUUGUUUAAAUGGUAAAUAUAAGCCAUUAUCAAAAUAUUGGAUUGAUGGAAAUGAAUUUAUAGGGGAAUUAUCUAUUCCUAUAUCUGUAGGAACUUAGGGAGGAGUUAUUUCUUAAAAUCCUUUAUAUUAAGCAGUCUUAUAGAUUUUAGAAUAUCCUGAUUCCUAAAAGUUAGCUGAAAUUAUGGCAUGUGUUGGAUUGGCCUAAAACUUUGCUGCUUUAAGAGCAUUAACUGUGGNUACUAUUAAUUAGUAUUGA